UUUCCCCUUUUCUGGGUAUGUCUGAGUCCUCCCUCCUGAGGAACAAGACUUCUCACUCUUCAGAGUGAUCCUGUGCCUCCUUCUACACUUUCUGUUCUGGGUGGCUCCAACCCAGAACAGAAAUUGAAAUUGAGUCCACAUCUUCCAUAUUCUUUGUGACUCGCAUGUCUUCCUUCUCCAUGUGACACCAGACACUACUUCAUUUGCAUUUUAGCAAAGAGCUGCUGAGUUUAGAUCAUAGAAAUGACAAUGCAUGCAAUCUAGGAAGAGGACAGACUAACCUGAAAGAGCCAGAGAAGAUUCAAACUGUGGUAUAUGACAGACUAAACUAGGUAGAGAUGAGACAGGUACAGUGAAGCAAGAAAUAGAGGGCAUAGAUUCUCUGAAAAAAAUUCUAAUCAGCAAGGAGCUUACACACCUCAACAGAAGAAAUAAAGAUCAAGGCUGGCUAAUUGCUGACAUGUUGGAACUAGCUGAAUGGGUGUUCCUGGUCCUGAUUGUCGCUCAGUUUAUCCUUGGAAAUCUGGGGAAUGGUUUCAUUGGGUUGGUCAAUGGCAGCAGCUGGUUCAAGAGCAAGAGAAUCUCUUUGUCUGAGUUCAUCAUCACCAACCUGGCCCUCUCCAGGAUCAUUUCGCUGUGGAUUAUCUUCAUUGAUGGUGUUUUAAUAGUUUUCUUUUUCCACUUGCAUGUUUCAGGGACACUAAUGCAAAUCAUUGAUACUUUUUGGACAUUUGUAGACCACCUGAGCAUUUGGUUUAUCGCUUGUCUGGGUAUCCUCUACUGCUUGAAAAUUGCCAACUUCUCCCACCCCAUAUUUUUCUGGCUGAAGUGGAGAGUUUCCAAGGUAGUUGUAUGGAUGCUAUUGAGUGCACUGCUCUUUUCCUGUGCCCGUACUAUGUCUCUGAUCAAUGAAUUUAAGCUCUAUUUUGCCUGCAGUGGAAUUGACAGCAAAGGAAACAUGACUGAAUGCUUCAGAGAGAAGAGACAUGAAUAUGACCUGAUGCAUGUUCUUGGGAAUCUGUGGAAUCUCCCUCCCUUAAUAAUGUCUCUGAUCUCCUACUUUCUGCUCCUCUUCUCUCUAGGGAGGCACACGCGACAGAUGGAGCAAAAUGGUAUCAACUCCAGAGAUAAAAGCACUGAGGCUCACAAGAGGGCCAUCAGAAUCAUCCUCUCCUUCCUCUUAUUCUUCCUAUUUUACUUUAUUUCCUUUUUAAUUUUUUCAUUCAGUCGUUUUGUACCUCAAUGUAAGAUGUCUGUGAUGAUUGGUGAGGUAAUUACAAUGUUGAAUCCUGUUGUCCACUCAUUUAUUCUAAUUCUGGGCAACAAAAAGCUGGAACAGGCAUUUUUGGUGAUGUUCCCAUGUAAGUUUGGUCAUCUGCAGCCUGGAUCUACAGAACCCUUUUCCCCAUAGAAUAACAGAGGGUGUAGGAUGGACCCCAGGAGUCCUUUGGGCUGGCUCAAGACUAAGGGCUCUCUCUUGCUGAUCCUCCCAUGGUACCAGUUCUGUCCCAUCAGUAGCAGAGAAACAUUGCUUCCUUCACCCUUGCUCCUACCUGGUUCUAGGCAAAAGCACCAUUUCCCACAACCUUUCUCUAAAGCAUUGUUUUGGAGUAGUAAAACAGUCUUGGGAAAUGUCAGUGUAGUAAGAAUGCUCACAGUACAGAGCUGGAGCUGUAUUUUAAUAACCAUCAGCUUAACAUAAUGAGUCUGAAUAUUAGUUUCAAAUUUAAUACUGAUGUAAAUAAAAUAAGAGCUGUUGACAUCAGGGAAAGAUCAAAAGCUUUGCAGUUCUGUAGAUGUACACUUGAAUUCUGGUUAUUGUCAACUUUUAAAGAUUGUUGGCCUUAGAUGAGUUACUUUACUUGUCUGAUGGUGUCUUUUCUCACCUUAAAAUAUAACAUUAACUUUGCAGCAUAUUAGAAAUUCAUAAGACAAUGCGUGCCAGCAUUUUAGUACAGUGUAUUGUAUCAAGUGCUGAAUUAAGUGAAGCCUCAUAUUUCAACUAACAGUGGUUGUGCAGCAACAACAAUUCCCACAAGAUAUCUAUCUUCACAAAACAAUUAUUGGAUGAAGAAAGCAGUGGGAUGAAAAUGAAGACCCUGGUAUUUUAUUAUCAUUUUACUAAAGUAAAUUUCCAAGGAAUUUUUAAAUUUUUUUAGAUUGGACAAAAGACUAAAUAUGCCUGUUGGGAGCAAUGCUACAUAAUUUUAGGGAAAAAUCAUUUGGUUAGGCCUAGGUCUCCUGCCUACAGCCCAGCUAUGGCAUUCUGAGACAUAAUUCCAUUUUG